AUGGUGCAGCAGGCUAACCGGAACUUGGGCAAGGUUGCUUCCCAAUGUAAUGAUGAUGCAGUUUCCUCGAUUGAUUCUUUGAAUUCGGAAGAUGUUCAGUCGUUUAAUGGAAGCGUUGAUAAUAACACAGUUGAAAGCGAUAACGUCAAGUCGAUCACAUCAACUCUUUCCAGGGUGGAAACUGCGAUGUCACAGGUGUUGAGAGUGAAGUCACUCAAACAAACGGUGACGGAUGCCCGGGAUGAUAAUGAGAUUACGGCAAGAAACGAGGAACAAGCAAGAAGAACAACUUUGGGACGGAUUCUUACGCAUCCUGACAUUUCGGAUGCAAUGCGUGUUGCAACACACACUGGAGGCAGCAUCGCUGAAAAAUUGGCAAGUGUUCGUCCUGAUGAUGAACGUGCAGUGAGAGAAAUUACAAGCAAGGCCGAGGAGGUUUCAGAAAUCGAGCAGGGCUUGAUUGAAAAGGAGGAAGAGGAAAAGAAGUACCCUCCCCCAGAUAAAGGGUAUGCGUGGGUUAUCUGUGUGACAGAGUUGUUUAUGAUCAUCACAACUUGGGGAGCAACGACCUCGUACGGUGUUUUCAUCUCUUUCUGGCUCAACAAUAACACUUUUGCCGGUGCAGACCCGAUGAAUUACGCACUUGCAUCCUCGAUUGCCAUCUGUUUGGCACAGGCUUUGGCCCCAGUGGCAAUGAUCACGCAGAAUAUGAUUGGUCUCAAUAUUACCAUUGCAAUGGGUACAAUUAUCAACUUUGCUGGAUAUAUGCUCUGCUCAUUUUGCACUGAACUAUGGCAGUUGUAUUGCACCUUGGGUUUGAUGGUUGGAACCGGCUUUGCGUUUAUUUUCAACCCGUCAAUUGUAAUUCUCAGCAGCUGGUUUGUCAAAUACAGAGCCAUAUCGUCUGGAGUGACGAUUUGCGGUGCUGGUAUUGGAGGUGUUGCCUUUGCACUUGGUGCCCAGGACCUCAUCAACUUGAAAAGUGAUUAUAGGUGGGCCAUGCGGAUGAUUGCAAUCGUCACACUCUGCCUCAACUGCUUUGUGGUUGUUCUUAUGAGAGAGAGGGUCCCAGUCAAACGAGAAGUGUCCAGAAAGAGCUUUAAGCUUCAAUUGAAGACGAUUUUGAACUACCGGACCAUGCUCCAUUGGCCAAUCAUUGCCAUUACUUUCUGGUUUGGAAUGGCAAUUGUGUCUUACAUCGUCAUCACAUUCUCUCUUGCAAGUUUUGCUACUUUCAUUGGUCUAUCAGAGACUCAGGGUUCUCACGUAACUGGUAUUUUCAACGGUUGCCAGGCUAUUGGAAGACCAAUAAUUGGAAUAUGUGGCGAUCGAUACGGAAAAAUAAACACCGCUUUGAUUGGAAAUGUCAUUGUGAUCAUUCUCAUCUUUGCAUUCUUCGUUAAUUGCAACAAUUCGGCUACCCUUAUUGGCUUUGCCAUUGUUUCCGGGCUUGUCACUGGCUGGUCUCAGCUUCUUAAUCAGGCAAUUAUGCCAGAUGCGGUUCCGAUGGCCGAAUAUCCGUCCGUUUGGAGUUACGAGAACAUUAUUGUGGGAUGCUUCUGCUUGUUUUCCGAAGUUGUCGCACUUAAGUUGAGAGAUCUAUCCAGUUCUAUGCCUUUUCUCAAGGCUCAGAUCUUUUCUGGCUUUAUGGUUUUGGGCUCUUUGCUUUUCAUGAUUCCUGUUCGUGAGUGGAAAAUCAGGCAAAUGAUCGAGUCAAGAUUGGAGGAUGCCAAGGAUCGCAUGGAAGCAAUCCAGAUGACAUCUGAUCCCGAGAAAAGCAGAGAAAGUCUUGAUGCUGUGUCUGUUAGAAUCGAGAGAUACCAAAGUUUACUUACUAAGAGUUCCCGCGGCUACUUACGGAGACUCUUCUAUCCCGUUAAAGCCUGA